AACGGCGAAGCGCGUUCCCGAGCACACCGAGCACAGUCUAAGUGGAAAGUCAACCAGCCAACGUGCAGUUUUCAAUUUCCGUUUGUGCAGCUUUACACGACCGCAAACAGCAACAACAACUGGAUAGCAACGAGGAUAGCAACAGCUACCAGCAAACGAAAUAAAAACAAGAGUGCAAUAAAAACAGAAAACUAAAAAAACAACAAUAUGUCGAUCUCCGAUUUUCGCAAAAAGAAGCUUCUGUUCCUGUUCAAUGUAUUCUUUGAUGUGAACCAAAGCGGCGAAAUUGACGUGAAGGACUUCGAGCUGGCCAUUGAGCGUGUUUGCAAACUGCGUGGCUGGGCAAAGGAUACGCCGAAGAACAAGGAGACGUACGAUGUGAUGAUGGAGAUUUGGAAUGGCCUCAAAUCGAAAGCUGACAAGGAUAACGACGGCCAGGUCAGCGUCGAUGAGUGGUGCAACAUGUGGGACGCGUACGCGAAGGAUCCGAGCUCGGUCAUGGACUGGCAGAACGCGUACAUGAACUUCAUGUUCGAUCUGGAGGAUGCCUCGCACGAUGGCGGCAUCGACGUCACGGAGUUCACGCUCGUCUGCUCCAGCUACGGCGUGGAGAAGUCGGAGUGCGAGCAGGCCUUCAGCAAGAUGGCCCAGGGCCAGACGGAUGUGACGCGCGACCAGUUCGCCGCCUUGUGGAAGGAGUACUUCUCCGCCGAGGAUGUCAACGCGCCCGGCAACUUCAUCUUUGGCAAGACCACCUUCUAACUGGGCUGAGGCGCCCCUCCCCUUGACGCGGUCUAUGGCAACAAGUGAAAUUUCAAAUUUAAAUUAGCAAUUAACUUAAAGACGAUUCAAUUCAAUUCUCUUAAUUCGCCCAUCCAGUUAGCCAAAGAAGACAAACCAAAAACAAAACCAAACAAAACCAAACAAAACAAAACAAAACAAAGAAAAGAAAAGCAAAAAAUCCAAAUAUAUGAAGCUCCGUCGUUGUUAGCUAAUUAAUGUUUUCCUCUCAGCUCCUUCCCAAACAACAACUAUUCCAACUUAGUGUGUCUAUUUGUCUAUAUUUUUGAUCGCGAGUAAUACUAUAGUUAAAGAUUCAAUUAUCAAAACGGAUUCAAGUACCUUAGUGAGUAUUGUUGACCCCCAAAGUAACUAAACCAGUUAAACCGUCGAGUUGUUUAUGUGUGUGUAGAUGUCGUUUAUCGUAUCGUAGCUAUAUUGUGUACUAUUAUGAAUAUAAACUAUAAAGUGUUCCAACCAAUUUCAACAAUAAAUGCAAAAUAUCUACUACUAUUA